AUUUUAUCAACAAGUCAUAUGCUAUGUAGAAACCGAUCGGUCGUGUGUACAUGUCGACCGUGUAUUACAUGAAAUAUACGUACAGGUGAGGAAAACAAAAAGCGGUGACGUCACAGACCGAGUGAGAGAUCCGACAGGUUUCGCAGGGUGUGACCGGUACACAGGGAAAUAUACACCGCUGAAAAACAUGGAGGACCUACCGGGAUAACUUGCUUACAAAGUUCAACAGAUAUAUUUAAUAAGGCUGUGAUGUAAAUACUACCAGAACGUCAUAUAGAUCGCAGAAUUCAUCUCCAAAAUGGUUAUCUUAGGAAAGGGGGACCAUGUGUGGCUUGAGCCCGAGACGAAGGGCGAGUUCACGGUGGCUAUCGGAGCCAGGGUCAAGUUCCACGACUCUGGACGAGUACAUGUUGUGGACGACGAUGGAAAUGAACACUGGCUGGAUGGGAAACAGAAGAUACGACACAUGCACUCGCACUCGGUGGAAGGGGUGGAUGACAUGAUAGGACUUGGUGAUCUCAAUGAGGCGGGAAUCCUCCGUAAUCUCUUUAUACGCUACAUGGACAAUCUCAUUUAUACUUACACUGGUUCAAUUAUGGUGGCUGUAAAUCCGUACCAGAUACUGCCCAUCUACACAGCCGAACAGAUCCAGACAUACCGUGACAAAAAGAUCGGCGAACGACCUCCUCAUAUAUUUGCAAUUGCCGACAAUUCGUAUUUCAACAUGAGGCGUUACCAGAGAGACCAGUGUGUCAUCAUUAGUGGUGAAUCUGGCGCCGGUAAGACCGAGAGUACCAAACUCAUUUUACAGUUCCUGGCUGCCGUCAGUGGACAACACUCGUGGAUAGAACAGCAGAUCCUGGAGGCCAACCCUAUCAUGGAGGCUUUUGGAAAUGCGAAAACGAUACGGAAUGACAACUCCAGUAGAUUUGGUAAAUACAUAGACAUUCACUUCAAUGACAAGGGUUCAAUUGAGGGAGCUAAAAUAGAACAGUAUCUAUUGGAAAAGUCUCGUAUUGUCACCCAGGCACAUGACGAACGGAACUAUCACAUCUUCUAUUGUAUGUUGGCUGGGAUGACACAGGAAGAGAAACGGAUGCUGGACGUCGAAACUGCUAACGACUACUGGUACCUCACACAGGGUGGCAGUAUCUACUGUGACGGCAGGGACGACACAAAAGAGUUUGCCGAUAUCCGGUCAGCCAUGAAAGUUCUCAUGUUCCACGACAAAGAAGUUUGGGAGAUUCUCAAAGUGUUGGCCUCUUUACUACACAUGGGGAACAUCAAAUACAAUGCCAUUGAGAUGGACAACAUGGACGCCAGUGAAAUCCAGGACAUUCAGUCUGUUAACAAAGCUGCCAAAUUAAUGGAGGUGCGAGCUCAGGAUUUAAUAGACGCUUUGACCUCAAGGUCAAUUGUGACACAGGGUGAAAUUGUAACAACAAUGAUGAGUGUUGAGAAUUCUCAGGAUGUGCGUGACGCCUUUGUUAAAGGAAUAUACGGCCGCAUGUUUAUCUGGAUAGUCAAGAAAAUUAACAUUGCUAUUUUUAAACAAAAGGAAUCCCCCAAACAUUUCAGGACAUCUAUAGGCGUGUUGGAUAUAUUUGGGUUUGAAAGUUUUGACCACAACAGUUUUGAGCAGCUGUGUAUAAACUAUGCUAAUGAAAACUUACAACAGUUCUUUGUACGACACAUCUUCAAGCUAGAACAGGAAGAGUAUGACAAUGAAGGAAUCAACUGGCAACAUAUUGAGUUUGUGGACAACCAAGAGGCCUUGGAUAUGAUUGGUGCAAAGGCCAUGAAUAUUAUCUCAUUGGUCGAUGAAGAAAGUAAAUUCCCCAAGGGAACUGACCAGACUAUGUUGGCCAAGCUCCACCAACAACAUAAGGACAACAAAAACUAUCUCCGCCCAAAGGCUGAAAUAACUCAUGUAUUUGGUCUCAACCAUUUUGCUGGGGUUGUCUUCUAUGACGCCAAAGGUUUCCUGGAGAAGAACCGUGACACGUUCAGCCCAGAUCUUCUACAUUUGAUACAGACCUCAUCAAAUCCCUUCCUGUCGGGGCUGUUUUCCCAGGAUGUCUCCAUGGGAGCAGACACCAGGAAAAGGGCACCCACUCUAGGAUCACAGUUCAAGAAAUCACUGGAAUUGUUGAUGAAAACUCUCGGAGCAUGUCAGCCAUUCUUUGUCAGGUGUAUCAAGCCAAAUGAGCUCAAGAAACCACUGAUUUUUGACCGCGAGCUGUGUUGUAAACAACUGCGUUACUCUGGAAUGAUGGAAACAAUUCGAAUCCGUCGAGCAGGAUAUCCCAUCAGGCAUCGUUUUGGUGACUUUGUGGAUCGUUAUCGUCUCUUGGCUCCAGGCAUCGGGCCAUCCCACAAGGAGAAUUGUCGGCAGGCUUCUGAGAAAAUUUGUGCUGCUGUCCUUGUUGGCAAGGAUUACCAGAUGGGAAAAACCAAAGUUUUCUUAAAGGAUGCCCAGGAUGUGUAUCUAGAACAACAGAGGGAGUUGGCUCUGACAGCUAAGAUCCUCGUCCUACAGAAGACAAUCCGUGCUUGGCACUGCAGACGGAAAUUCCUCAAAAUCAAGGCAGGCUCCAUCCUCAUACAGAAGAUGUGGCGUCAGUACCUGGAGAGGAAACGCUUUGUCCUGAUGAAACAAGGGUACAUGCGUCUACAAGCAGUAGUGAGGUCACGCUUACUGACAGCACAGUUCAACCGUAAACGGGCUGUCAUCAUUGACUUGCAGCGUCGUUGCCGUGGUUACCUGGUGAGGAAGUGGACCAUGCAGAGGAUGAUCUCCAUUGUUAAGAUUCAGGCUGUGGUCCGUGCCAUGAUUGCCAGGCGUAAAUACAAACGCCAGAAGGUUGAGUACCACAACAAGAUGGAACUGGAACAUUUACGUAAGGAGGAAGAAGCCAAGCUGAAACGAAAAAUGAAUGACAAAAAGGCAAAAAUAGAGGCAGAGCGAUUAUAUCAGGAACGUCUGCGCGAGAUGGAGAGAAAAGUUGAAGAGGAGGAGAGCAUGGAAAAGCACAUGGCUAUCCAGAAGAAAGAGCAGAUUGAAAUAGCUGAGAGGAGGAAGAAUGAGCCCGUCAGUGAUUCUAAACUGGUCGAAGAGAUGUUUGGUUUCAUCGAUGGUAACAAUGAAGAAGGCGCAGCUCCAUAUUCAUUCAAAGACUUGGAGGACAAGCGACGUCGUAUCGCCCACGAGAAUGGAUUAGAGGACUACAGUAGUCUAAUUGAGCCAGAACUGCCCGAGGAUGAUGAAGACCUGUCCGAGUAUAAGUUCUCCAAGUUUGCCAGCAUGUAUUUCCAGGCCAAUACCUCGCAUACAUUCAUACGCAAAGCACUCCGGGAGCCCUUACUGCCAAUGAAAAACGACGGAGACAAACUGGCGGCACUGGCUGUAUGGAUCACCAUAUUGAGGUUUAUGGGUGAUCUACCAGAACCCAAGUACACUGCCAUGGCAACAGACUCCAGGGAUACAACUCCAGUCAUGACGAAGAUCUAUUCAACACUGGGACGCAAAUUUAACAAAAAGGAUUUAGAGGAGGCACAAAGGAUGGGACUGGAUAUUGAGAAGGAACCAUACCCAAUGGGAAGAGCUGGUAAACGAAGCAUGAGGAAAAAACUUGUGUCCUUGACCUUAAAGAAGAAAUCAAAGAUCACAGAGGAAGUGACUCGUAAAUUGAUGCAGGACUUUGACGGUAGCUAUGGCAGUAAUGCCCUCCUGGAGGAACGCCCCACGUCAAACUUAGAAAAACUUCACCUCAUCAUUGGACAUGGAAUUCUCAGACCCGAACUUCGGGAUGAAAUUUACUGCCAGAUUUGUAAGCAGCUGACUCAGAAUCCGACCAAAAGCAGCCAUGCUCGUGGCUGGAUCCUGCUGUCCCUUUGCGUGGGCUGCUUCGCUCCUACAGACAAGUUUUUGAAGUAUCUUCGGAACUUUAUACAUGAGGGUCCUCCAGGAUAUGCACCAUACUGCGAGAGUCGUCUCCGUCGUACAUUUGCAAACGGUACACGUAACCAGCCUCCCAGCUGGCUGGAGCUCCAGGCCACUAAGUCCAAGAAGCCUCUAAUGCUUCCUAUAACAUUCAUGGACGGCAACACCAAGACCCUCCUGGCUGACUCUGCCACCACAGCUAAGGAACUCUGUAUGCAAUUGUCUGAAAAGAUUGUCCUCAAGGACCAGUUUGGGUUCUCCCUAUAUAUUGCAUUAUUUGACAAGGUGUCUUCUCUGGGUAGUGGUGGAGAUCAUGUGAUGGACGCCAUCUCCCAGUGUGAACAGUAUGCUAAAGAGCAGGGUGCUCAGGAGAGAAAUGCCCCAUGGCGUCUGUUCUUCCGUAAGGAGAUCUUCGCUCCAUGGCACAAUCCAGGAGAGGACGGAACAGCCAGUAACCUGAUCUUCCAGCAAGUUGUACGUGGGAUUAAGUUUGGAGAGUACCGCUGUGAUAAGGAUGAUGACCUUGCCAUGAUCGCCGCCCAGCAGUACUAUAUAGAGUAUGGGUGUAAUGCCAACCCAGAACGACUCCAGUCUCUACUGCCAUCAUAUGUACCGGACAGCUCCCUUCAGAAACCAAAUGCUGCGAGCUUUUGGAUAAACAUGAUAAUGACAAAGUUACGGAUACCGUACUUUGAGAGAAUCAAACCUAUCAAGGUCAAAGAGGACAUAGUCAGUUAUGCAAAGUACAAGUGGCCGCUUUUGUUUUCACGUUUUUAUGAGGCGUAUAAGUUCGCGGGUCCGAGCUUGCCAAAGAACGAUGUGAUCAUUGCUGUGAACUGGACAGGAGUGUAUAUUGUGGACGACCAGGAACAAGUGUUGUUAGAACUGUCCUUCCCAGAGAUCACGGCCGUGUCCAGUAGCAGGACGGGUAAGAUGCAUGGGCAGAGUUUCACACUGGCCACAGUGAAGGGAGAUGAGUAUACAUUCACAUCACCAAAUGCAGAGGAUAUCCGUGACCUUGUUGUGACCUUCCUAGAGGGUUUGAAGAAACGCUCCAAAUAUGUGAUUGCUCUACAGGACUACAAGUCUCCAGGUGAUGGGUCAUCCUUCCUGGACUUCUCCAAAGGGGACCUUAUUGUUCUGGACCAACAGAAUGGGGAAACUGUGAUGAACUCUGGCUGGUGUGUAGGGGAGAAUGUCCGCACUGGUAUAAAGGGAGACUUCCCAGCGGAGUGUGUGUAUGUACUACCAACCAUCAACAAACCACCUCCAGAAAUCCUGAAUCUAUUCCUUCAGUCUGGGGACCAAGCAGACAAGAUGUUAGCUCCGUCCCAGGUGGAAACCCUGCCAGACCAAGGAGCUGAUGUACCUUAUACAUUAGAGCACUACUCCUACGAUCAUUUCAGGCCUCCUCCCAAACGUACCUUGUCGAAGACCCUGUCAACAGCACGUAAGAGACGCCCUGAUGAGUUGUGGCGACACUCCAAGGAGCCAAUCAAACAGCCGCUGCUCAAGAAACUGCUAGGAAAAGAGGAACUCUGCCAGGAGGCCUGCAUGUGUUAUCUAGCUCUCCUGAAAUACAUGGGUGACCACCCUUCAAAACGAGGGCGGACAGCCAACGAACUCACAGAUCAAAUAUAUGAACCUCCUCUACGAAAUGAACUUCUGCGUGAUGAGGUUUAUUGCCAAAUGAUUAAACAACUAACAAACAACAGAAAUGAAACCAGUGAAAGACGAGGAUGGGAACUUGUGUGGUUAGCCACCGGAUGUUUUGUCCCCAGUACCAAUCUGCUGAAGGAAGUGAUGCAGUUCCUUAGGUCCAGUCGCAGUCACAUAGCACAAGAUUGUAUCAGUCGGAUACAGAAAACACUCAGGAACGGUACGAGGAAGUACGCCCCUCAUCAGGUCGAGGUGGAAGCCAUACAACACAAAACCACACAAAUCUUACACAAAGUCUACUUCCCCGACGACUCCGACGAGGCCUUUGAAGUGGAGUCAAGUACGAGAGCAAAGGAUUUCUGUCAGAAUAUUGCCAACAAACUGAGGCUAAAAUCAUCAGAGGGCUUCAGCUUAUUUGUGAAAAUUGUUGACAAAGUGAUAAGUGUGCCGGAGGGAGACUUCUUCUUUGACUUUGUACGACAUUUGACUGAUUGGAUCAGGAAAGCCAGACCAAGUCGAGAUGGCACAGUGCCCCAGUUCACAUACCAAGUGUUCUUUAUGAAGAAGUUGUGGAGUAAUACGGUUCCGGGUCGGGACAUACAGGCUGACCGAAUCUUCCACUACCAUCAGGAACUACCUAAACUGCUACGAGGAUAUCACAAGUGUAGUAAAGACGAAGCUGCUCAAAUGGCGGCACUCAUAUACAGGGUCAAGAUGGGCGACAACAAGAGUGCUCUGGCUAACAUCCCUCGAAUGUUACGUGAGUUGAUCCCAUCAGAUCUUGUGCGUGUUCAAUCACCGGAGGACUGGAAGAGGGCUAUAGUGAACUACUUCAACCGUGAUUCACAGCGAAGCAUUGAGGACGCCAAGGUAGAAUUCCUUAAAAUUAUUUACAAAUGGCCUACGUUUGGAUCAGCUUUCUUCGAAGUCAAGCAAGCAACAGAGCCCACAUACCCAGAUAUCCUACUUAUAGCUAUCAACAAGAACGGAGUUAAUCUCAUCAACCAACAAACUAAGGAUAUCCUGGCCACUCACCCCUUCACUAAGAUAUCCAACUGGAGCAGUGGUAACACCUACUUCCACAUGACCAUCGGAAACCUUGUACGAGGAAGCAAGCUACUCUGUGAAACAUCCCUGGGAUACAAGAUGGAUGACCUUUUGACCUCAUACAUCAGCUUGAUGUUGACGAGUAUGAAUCGUCAGAAACCUCCACGACACUGAAAACACCAACAUUGUGUGUAGAUUCUCUCUCACCAGUGAGGAAAUAUGACCAAGCUGUCUACUUCAAACACUGUAACAAAAGAUGAUGAUGCUGGUAUACAUUUAUAUGUCAGCUGAUUGUGUUUCCAAAUUAAGAGGUCCAAUCUCUUUAAAUCCGAAGAACCUCUCCUUUACAUUUAUUUUGGACAUAAGUACAAAACCAAUCUUAUUAUUGUUUAAAGGAGAAAUUAUAUUAUGAAACGUCUUUAGUCCCUUUUCUCCCUAUACGAAAUGUAAUUAAUGUGUAAUAGUAGUUCUUGCACGAUUAUAUCUCGUCAACUGGAACUUACUAUUCACAUUCUUCAUCCCACUUAGCCUUGUGAUAUAUACACCAUUGGCAUGUACUUUACAGGACUGUAAGUGGCAUAUUAAUGUAUAGAAACCAUUUUUACAUCAAUAUAUGUAUACAUGUUUUUGAUAUUGUUAGAUUGAUAUGUUUUACUAUCUUGGUCAGCCAUACUACCAAUAGUAACUAACAGUUACCAGCCAUACUACCAAUAGUAACUAACGGUUACCAUCCAUAUCGCUAUAGUAACCAAAGGUUACUGUCCACACUACCAAUAGUAACUAACGGUUACCAUUCAUAGUGCUAUAGUAACCAAGGGUUACCGUCCCCACUACCAAUAGUAACUAAUGGUUACCAUCCAUACUAUCAAUAUGGUAACCAAGGGUUACCGUCCCCACUACCAAUAUAGUGACUAAGUGUUACAAUCCAUGCUACCAGUAUAGUGACUAAGGGUUACAAUCCACACUACCAAUAUAGUGACUAAGGGUUACAAUCCACACUACCAAUAUAGUGACUAAGGGUUACAAUCCACACUAUCAAUAUGGUAACCAAGGGUUACCGUCCCCACUACCAAUAUAGUGACUAAGGGUUACAAUUCAUGCUACCAAUAUGGUAACCAAGGGUUACUGUCCCCACUACCAAUAUGGUAACCAAGGGUUACCUUCCCCUCUACCAAUAUGGUAACCAAGGGUUACCUUCCCCUCUACCAAUAUGGUAACCAAGGGUUACCUUCCCCUCUACCAAUAUGGUAACCAAGGGUUACAAUCCAUACUAUAUAUACCUGAAAGUCAGGCCUGAAUGCAAAGGGAAUAUAGAUAACUUGUGUAAUUGGAUCACAAGAUGUUGCUAUGGUUGUAAGUGAAGCUGUUCAUUGGUUAUGAGUGAGGACGUUUCCAUAGUUACAAAUGAGGAUGUUUCCAUGGUUAUAAGUGUGGAUGUUUCCAUGGUUACAAGUGACAUAGUUACUGAGGUCUACUUACCUAUGUAUGUCUAUGCAAUACAUAAAGGCUAUAGAACCUGUUUACACUAAUUAGUAGUCCCAUCUGUAUGAAAUGUUGGAUGUAUAUUUCAAAUUAAGGGAUAACAAAAUAAUUACUGCUAUUUAAUCUGUAUAUAAAUUAAAAUCAUAAUAAACAUAUGCGAUAUAUAUAUAUUUUAAUUCAAAAGUUAUAUAAAAAUCAUGAGUAUUUAAUGUGAAAUGAAAACCUUCAAUAAAUGUAACAGUGCAAGUGUGGCAAAGAUUUAGACAAGAAAUGAUAAAAUACAAAUCUCGUCCUUUAAAGCAUCAUCUUUAUAUAAUUUAGUUUGUUUGAUUUUUUUUAGAUUUGAGUGUUAUUGUUGUCACCCUGUAAGUUCUGUUAAGGUUGAAUUGCAAAUGGCUAUGAUGAAAUAAGUGCUAUAGGGCUACACAAUGGUGAUGAACUCUGUAACAAGGUGUGUUGAUGCCACUUGUACCGGUCCAGACAAUACCCCAUUAACUAACGUAAAUGAAUACUUACCGAAGAAAAACAGAUUUUUUUUCAGAUACACGAAAAAGUAGUGGUAAAUCAAUUCACAUGUAGACUGAUUAGAAUAGAUUACAAACUUAUUCUGUUAGAGCCAGACUGCGGCAGAAAAUAUCGCCAAGUUUGUAUCAUUAUUAUUCUGAUUUAAAACAUCUUUUAUCAGCUCUUCAUUCAAUUUUCAGUGCAUUCUAGUUACAUUUAUUUACAAUUGCAUAUGAAUAAGCAUAUUCGCAAAUUCCUCAAAGCAAAAACGUGUUCAAUAUUAAUCAGAAGUAUUGUUAAAUAAUUUUGUUUUACCCCAGUGUUGUAUAUAUAUAUAUAUAUGUAUUCAUGUUGAUAGACUUCCUAUAUACAUUUUACCACUGUGAUACCUUAAAACUAACCACUAUAAUGUUGUAGACCACAUUGUAGUUUAAACAUAUGGGAAAUAUGAUAUUCCAGUUAUUUUUGUUUACUUAUAUCACAUCCCUCAAACAUUCAUAUGUACUUUUAGUAUAGGUAUUUAAAAGAUGUAAACAGUUUCAUACAAUUGCAUUUGUUUUUUAAGUUAUAUAUAAUGUUCGUUUGCUAAAGAAGUUCAAAAAUUUGUCUUGCUUCAAAAUUAACAAAUUGUUUAUCAUCAGGUUGUGACAAAGUACCAUUGAUAUGAAUACACACGCGUGUAUAACUAAAUAUAUGUUUAUACAAAAAUUAAAUAUAGAGAUUUAUAUACCCUUUAUACUGUAUCCAUAUGAACAAACCCAUUGGUGUCAGUAGGGCAAAGAUUGUUACCAUUGGCUAUUGGAUAUAAUAAUUCACUGAUAGAUAUAACACGCUUCUAUUGGUUGUUUAAUAAUGCGUGUUCCUAUUGGUUGUUGAAUACUGCCUGUUCUCAUUGGCUGUUGAAUUUAGCAUACUCCCAUUGGCUAUUAAACCCUGUUCUCAUUGGUUGCUGGGUAUAUCUUGUUUUUAUUGGUCGAUUACUGCCAUUUUUCGGACACUCCAAUUGUACUGAUGAAUACCGCUCCUUUUUUGUUGCACUUUUAAUGGGUUUUUUUUGUCUGAAACAUAUUUUUUAAAAUCCUAUCUUUAUCAUUCCUAGCAUACACAAGAUAAGAAUGUAUACAUAUAUAUAUAUUCACUGAAUUCUGAUAAAGUGACUUUUUUUUUUACAUUAACAGCAAGAUUUAUGAUAAUAUCAAGUGCUGCACGCCUUUCACAACAGGAUGUCUUUGUUUUCUAUGGCGGGUUUCUAUGAUAGUGAUUGUCAGUAAUAACUGGUAUAAAUAGUAAUAUAACGGUAUGAGAGCCACUUCCUCCUUCACCCCAGUAAAAUGUACUUUAUGAUUGAUCAUGGUAUUUAUUUGCCCCUGUCUCAUAACUUUUAAUGCCUUUUGUCUCAUAAGCAGAUACAUGACAAAAGUAGGAUUUACAUAUAUGCAUGCUCACUACGGACAUUCCAAUCUAUAUAUUUUCAUGCUCAGAACCAUCGUUUGCUCGACAUUUGAAUAAUUCCUGCUCAACAAAACUUGCUUUAAUGUUUCAGAACUACCAUGAUUCUAUAAAUAUUGCAUUGUGUUGUGUAAUGAGAGUUUAUUUAACCUCAUCCUAACUUUUCAUUAUAUCUAGAAAAAUGGGAGAACUAUUUAGGUGGUUCGCAACGUAUGUUCAUAGGGCAUCAAUAAAUUAAUCAAUUUCGUAUAAAAUUCUUGAGUGACAAUUAAAGUGAUCAAUUUGAAAGCAAAUGGCAAAAUAUUUGUACAUCCUUCCUGGAGUUUGUGAUGUCUGGCACAGCAAUUGUUCAAGGUAUAGAAACACAGCAACUGGCCAAGGGUAUAGAAACACAGCAACUGGCCAAGGGUAUAGAAACACAGCAACUGGCCAAGGGUAUAGAAACACAGCAACUGGCCAAGGGUAUGUAGAAAACACAGCGUUUGACCAAGGGAAUGAAAUCUUCUGUCAAAUAGAAUUUCUUAAAGAUAUUUGUGAGUAUAAGGCCUUUAACGUUUUAUACAAGAAUACCAAAAAUUGACAGAAGUGAUUUUGAUACUGUGUACAGCUUUACUCCCUUAACUUACAUUGAUGUAAACCUUGUAUUGAACCAAACGAUCCAUUCCCAUCAUCUGCAUUAUGCUUCAUUCUAAGAAAUAGUUUUUGUAUGAAGGCUUUACCUAGUGCUCACGCCAUGCUUUAAUCUUUCCAUAACGGCGAAACUUAUGUGAACCACGUGACUGGGGUCAUUUAUUGUAAACCACGUGACUAAUGCCAACUAUUGUAUAUUAUAUAAAUGAUAUGAAGUAUUGCACGUCAGAUCGGAGAUGAAAUUUCAUUGUUUUAUUUUUGUGUUUCAUUUAAAAAUCAUAUAGAAAGUCCAUAGACAAAAGUGCAUAUAUUUACUUUCCUUUGUGUAUAUAGAUCUAGAAUCAUUUUGUUUCUAACACAUGUUUGGAAAUAGAGUUCAAAUAACUCCCAAGAAACAUUGUAGUAUUUAUAUAUUAGUACAUAGAAAUGAAGUGCUGGUUUUCACGAAAAAGUGAGAUGUCAUUCAUUUUGAUGCCACGUUAUUUGUUGGAUACACAACUGUCUUAUAUUGUCAUCAGCCCUCGUGGUACGUCAGAAUAAAAAUAGACCAUGCUACGGGACGGCCCAUCGUAGAUAGUUUUGAGGUGAAAAUGAAAGCAAGUAAUACCUUACAAUGACCAAAGAAGACAUUGUUUUCAGGAAUGUUCUGUAGAUUCAAAAGGAUUUCAGGUUAUAAAAAAAUGAGUUUUCAGAAAUAUUCCAUAGAUUGAAAAGUGAGAAAACUUAGUAAUAUUGGAAGGGAUUUUUCUGGAACAUACCAUAGAAUAUGUUAGAUUAUAGCAAUAUGAAAAGGGAUUUUACGGGAACAUUCCAUAGAAUUUGUAAGAUUAUAACAAUAUGAAAGCCGACGAUAAUCAAUGUAUAAGAUGUGUUUCGCAAGAAUCAUGCCAAAUCAUUGUUGUAGCCACUCCCAUGUUGUACUAAUUACGAUGGGUAUUGCUAUAGCCCCAACACAUAUAAAGGUAUAGUAUCACUCUGAUCAUUUACCGGGAUUAUAUAAUAAAAGUGUUUACCUGUAUGGCAAAGCUAUUAAUAUUUGAGAUAUAUUUGCAUAUUCAUGUAAUUAAAUAUAUAUAAUAUAUAUAUUGUAAACGACUAAUUUAGCCUGUAUGUUAUAACUCUGUACUGUGGAACCUCGUAUAAGCCUCAGUCCUCCAGAUCGUUUUCCUAAUAUUUGGAAUGUAAUGUUGUGAUUUCUUAUCGGAUAAUCUAGAAAAUAUUGUUUUAACGGAAUCACUUACGGAAAUACAAGGCAGGGAGGUUCCACGGUACUGGCGUCUCCAGCCACAAAAUGACUCUAUACAGGUUGUGGUGACGUGCUGUACAUGUUUAGCCAGCCAGAGUAUCCCCUGUACCAUAUCGGUACAGGGCUUUGUUAUGUUCCUAAUGUAAGCCAGUUUUGUUCAGAUGGUUGAUAUAUUGACUUGGCAAUUUGUAAAGUAUAUAUCCAAAUAUACAAAAUGUUUAAAUGAUUAAAAGGCAAUAAGGCAGAA